AUUUUUAAGUUGUUGUUUCUCGACAAAUAUUUAAAAAAUGACAGAAAGGGAAUCAGUGAAGCCAUCUCGGCAUGACUACAUUGAGAAACUUGAAGCAAGGUUGAAGCGCAAAGCACGACUUGCCCAUGAAAUUGGAGCAGGAGCUCCAUGCAUGAAGUGUGGGGAUAAAUGCCCUGGAUUUGAAUUACACUUCUGGAAAAAAAUUUGUCAGAACUGUCGCUGCUCAAAAGAUGACCACGAUAUCCAGGAUGAAGAUGAAGAUAUUGGCCACAUCAUCAUUGGCAAGCUGUUUGACCGACCAGAUCCACUGGCUGAUGAAGAGCAGGGUAACGUAACCUUGCAAGAUCAAAGCUCCGCAGCUUCAACUGGAGUUCCUCUUCAGAAAAAGGCAAAGCCUAAAACAGCUACUGUCCUGAACCUACUGGACCCCAAAGGACCAUCCACUUCUCUGAAGUUUGAAUGGGUGCCUCCAAAUGUUGACCAGAAACUUGCUGCCCGCUACAUGACAGCUCUACCACCCGAAAAGCGACCAGUAGUUGGUUCUGAUGCUGCAAAGGAGCGGCGGCAGCUGCUGCAGCAGCAGAUCCCGCUGUACGACAUGGACGAGACGCACCGCUGCGAGACCAUGCCCAGCGAGGAGCUCGCUCAGUUCAAGUCCCAUCUCGAGCACAUCCGCACCCACGUCGUCGGGCAAGGCCAGGUCUCAGAAGUUCAUCUCGCGCCCAAACUCCUUGUAGGAUCGCUGGGGAGAUCCUCUAAAGCUGCCUCUUUCUCCCCUCAUGAGCCUGAGGGAGAGAACAAUACCAAUCAAUGGGGUGAAAGCAACGCUUCAUAUUACGGACAAAAAGAUCCUAGCUUGCCCGACAGUAGAGGAAACUUGCCCGGAGGUCCUAAUGAGGUAUACGGAACCCAGGGCAGAUAUGGUACUCCUGGAUAUCUUCAAGGAACAUCGGAGGUGGUGCACGGAAUUCACAACACUCCUAAAUUCAACGUGCGCGACAACUCUGUGUUCACUAACGACCGCGGGGCAUCAGGCAGCGAUGCGACGCACUCCAAUAGCUCUGAGAGGACAUCUCGUGUUCCUGGUAUACAGGAUGCUCCGCUCCCGCCUUAUCCGUGGGAAUCAAAGCUCGGAACAUCGCUUGCCCAGACCAUCAACGAGGGAGAACAGCAGCCUGGUCACUUCUCAGACUCGAGGAACAAUAACUACCAGACACCAAACAACAGGAGCAGCUUCAUGGGUGACAUGCUCUCGCAGAAACUCGGUGAUCUAUCACUGCAAUAUUCUGACAGCCUGGCACCUCGUCUGCAUUCGGCUGACCCCAACCAUGCCACUCAAGGAGCCACUUACCCGCACCCAGCAUUCGCCAGAGAAGCAAGUGCCAAGAAGUUGGAGGUGGCGCGGCCGAGUCUCUUCCUCGCAAGCUCGCAAGUCCGCGCUAAUGACAGUCCUGAAUUUUCUCAGCUACUCGUACACCGAAAAGAUUACGGCAAACCCAUCGCUGAUCACAGGACCGGCAAACCAGUGGUAAACCCUGCCACUGGGAAACCCAUUGUUGUUGGCCAGCAAAUUAUUGAUCCCAUUACAAACGAGCCCAUUAUUGACUGUGGCAAGGGGAUCCCUAUAAUAAUGGGUCAGACUGUAAUUGAUACAAACAAUGGCAAACCUGUACUGGACCCUGCAACUGGUCAACCAUUAAAGCUGGGCCAGCCCAUUUAUGACCCAAGAAGUGGAAAACCCAUUGUUGAUCCCUCAAAUAGUCGGAGCAUCAUUUUGGGUCAACUUAUUGUGGACCCCAUUACCCAUAAACCCAUUAUUGAUAUUGCAACAAGUCAACCAUAUGUCAUGGGUCAACCGAUUCUAAAUCCUAGCACCAGAACCCCGAUUACUGAUCCCGUAUAUGAGCAAUGUUAUGUGAUGGGUCAGUUCAGUAACAACCCUGCGAACGGCUUACCUAUUAUGAAUCCCCUUACUGCGCAACCCAUACUCAUGGGUCAACCCAUUUACACGCCGGCUGGUGAGCCAUUGGUGUAUCCUUCUACUGGCCAGCUGCCCAUUAUGGGAGAACCCAUACUUGACUCAACGGGUCAUCUAGUGAUCAAUCCUGCAACUAACGAACCAUAUUUGAUGGGUCAACCUCUUGUUCACCCCCUGACCCGACAGGUUUUAACCGAUCCUCUGACACACCAACCGUAUUACAUAGGUCAACCCAUUGUAGACCCGGCCACAGGACAUAUGAUCAUCAAUCCUGAGUCAGGUGAACAUCAUAUCAUGGGUCCCCUGGUUUCGGAUCCUGCCAUGGGUUACCAAAUCAUGGACCCUAGUACUGGAAAGCCCAUCAUUGAUCCCAAUUCUGGUAAACCCAUUCCUGCCGGCGCUAUCAUCGCUGGCUUAGCAGCGAGCAACCGCAACAAUAACGCUGCAGGAGGCUCGCUGCAACGGCCCACGGAACACGGCCAGCAGCACCUGCCGUAUCCGGCAUACCGCGAACGCUUGGCUGGCUCGUCUCAGCUGCCAACUUCAGAAGAGGUGUCGGUUCUGCUUCCCCACGAGAGCAACGUUCUAAAGGGCAGGCAGGUAGUGCCGGACGUAGGUGCUGGCACACACCCGUCCUCACCUUACAACUGCCAGCACUGCCACGAGCCCAUGAUACCUGGCGACGUUGCUGUCAUCUGUGAGCGAGCCGGCCCGCAGAAGUUUUGGCACCCACGGUGCUUCGUGUGCCACGAGUGUGGGGAGCUGCUGGCUGACAUGAUCUACUUCUGGCAUGGCGACCACAUCUACUGCGGCCGACACUACCACAAGGUGGCCGAGGUGCCGCGCUGCCACGGCUGCGACGAGCUGAUCUUCAGCAACUCGUGGACGCGUGCGGACGGCCACGACUGGCACCUGACACACUUCACGUGCUUCCUGUGCGACAAGCCCCUCGCCGGCGAGUCUUACGUGCCUUCAGACUCCGGCCACCCCUACUGCAUUCCUUGCCACAUGAUCGCCCGAGCACAGACGUGCGAGACUUGCGAGUUAAAAAUCGAGCCCGGUUCGAAGCAAUGCCAGUUCCGGGGCUACCACUUCCACGCCUCGGACGAGUGCUUCUGUUGCCACAACUGCCGCAAGCCGCUGCUGGGCGGCAAGUUUAAGCUCGUCAAGAACUGGAUGUUUUGCUCCCAACCUUGUGUUGAUACCUGUAAGCUGGAGAUAGAGAAAAACCCUAGCACCAAGUUCAAGCAUGGCGAAACUGAGGAAAAGUAGAGGAAUAUUUUGUCGUGUCUUGAGCUGAAUGAAGUGCUCUCUACGUUAUAUCGUCACCUGUAAGCUCAAGAUAGAGAAGAGGCCCAGCACCAAGUUCAAGCACGGUGAUGCUGAAGACAAGUAGACAAACCUAUUUUAAGACCUGAAUGUAGAGCUCUCUGUGUUUUGUGGACACAUGUGAACCGCGAGAAGAGAAUAGACCGAGAAAGCCUUCCGUGCUGAAAGCGAUCCAGAUACAGCGAGUGCUUGAGGUCGACAACAAGUUUUGUCUAGAGUUUCAUUGAUUUGCUGUUGUUCAGAAAGCGUUUUUCAGGGGAAAUCUCUAAGGCCCUCAAAGAUUUGAUACCGUAGUCGUUUGAAAUUUUUUGGAAAAACCAAGUCAUAUAAUUUUCAUGUUGAAAGAGUGCAACUGAAAAAUUUGUCUUAAUGAGGAUGUACUACUCGUCUCGAUCAUGUGGAAAAAUUUCUUGGGUAUGUCGGGCCUAGAAGCUAUUUUUAUUAAUAUUCUACGAAGCAAUUAUCGUGGCAUCUGGUUCAAAUGAUUUUUGAGAGCACAUUACACAUAACUUUAUUAGCAAGAAAGGAAUGAAAAUGAUUAAGCACAAGAUUC